UACUCGAUUUAACCAUGCCUGAUCAAGUGAAAGCGCCCAAGAAAGGCUCCAAGAAGGCCGUCUCCAAGGCCACGAAGAGCGGAAAGAAGAGGAAGAGGAGCAGGAAAGAGAGCUACGCAAUCUACGUCUACAAGGUGCUCAAGCAGGUGCACCCCGACACCGGCAUCUCCUCCAAGGCGAUGGGCAUCAUGAACUCUUUUGUUAGCGACAUCUUUGAGCGCAUCGCCGGGGAGGCCUCCCGUCUGGCUCACUACAACAAGCGCUCCACCAUCACCUCCAGGGAGAUCCAGACUGCCGUCCGCCUCCUGCUGCCCGGAGAGCUGGCUAAGCACGCCGUGUCUGAGGGAACCAAGGCUGUCACUAAAUACACCAGCUCCAAGUAAACCUGCUCGUCUUCAACU